ACUUCCCUCACCAGACAUCAGCCAGCAACACAAGCGAGCACAGCUCCCUCUCUCUCUCUCUCUGUCUCUGUCUCUCGGUCUCUCUCUCUCCUCCGUCUCUCUCUGCAGCUGCAGCACAUCCAGAGACCACAGAGAGACCCACAACAACAACAACAACAACAACAACAAGAACCACAACGAGCCUGGCUUCAGACGCUGCUGCUGGCACCUGGAUCCACAUCGAGCCCACAGAAGGAUCCGGAGCAGGAGAGACGCGCUGCAACAAAAGACCCUCCAACAAAACAAAAAAAGAGAGAGAGAAAAGCCCGGGAUCUUACAGCUGUGUUAAAAGCUUUUUGAAAUCGACUUUUAUAUUUUUGGUUGGCAUUUUAAAAUCUGGUGAUCGAUUUUCUUCUCCGUCGUGCCACAAUGUCCGAGGUGCUGCCAUACAACGAGGGGAAGAUGAGCGGGUACGGGGCGGACAGCGAGGUCAGCCAGAUGUCCUUUAGCUGCGGACUGCAGGACACAAGCGCCUUUUUCGCCUCGUCGCAGGCGAAAAGACCCCCAAAGCUCGGACAGAUCGGCCGAGCCAAGAGAGUGGUCAUCGAGGACGACCGAAUAGACGAGGUCCUGAAGGGGAUGACAGACAAGUCUUCACCCGGCGUCUAAAAGCCGCCCCCCCCGACCUUCCUCCCACCUUACCAACCCUGGACGAUGCCUUGCGAGACUUUUUUAAUUUUUGAUCACCGAUUCGAAAGCACUUGUCGGGGCUGUGCAUGUUCGAGGAUUUUUUUUGUGCGCGGAGAGGAGGAAAGAGAGAGGAGACAAAAAAAUCGACGGCACGGAGGGAAAAAAAAAAACCACAGAAGCGACGACGGGAUGACUGGAGAGUGAAGAGGGAUGGAAAGAAGCGAAGAGAGAGAAAAGAAAGGGCAUAAAAGGACGGGGCGGGAAAAAAAUGGAGAAGAUGACUUUAAAGAGAAGGGGAGAAAUGAAGGGAUGGAGAGGAAGGAAGAAAGAAAGAGAGAGAAAGAGACUCUGGAAGAGACCAAGAUUUAUCACGGGAUUUGCUGGCAAUUCUCCAAAUGAAUCCCGAUUUUAAAAACGACUGCUGCGCCAGCACGACGUUGAGAUGGCGGACACACACACACACACACACACACACACACACACACACACACACACACACACACACACACACAUGCACGCACGCACACACACACACACACACACACACACACACACACACACACACACACACUGCUCUGUAUCUCAACCUCUGCUGACUUUAAAUGAUGGAUGAACUCGUCAUUAACUUCACGACCAUCUUCUUCUUCUUCUUCUUCUUCUUCUUCUUCUUUUUUGUUUUUUUUUUCUUUUCCAAAAGCGCUGUAAGCAACACAAAUACUGCAACUGGAGGCUGAAGCUUAAAAACAAACUCCCAGCCCUAUUUCAAUAAGUUGUACAGUAGGUAGGCUCUAAGCUCCCAGAGACACCACCACCUCCUCCCCCUUCCUCCCCUUCCUCCCCACCUCCUCCUCCUCUUCUUCCUCCUUUCAGGCUUUGCUUUGUUGAUUCAGUCAGCGACGGUGCAUUCAAGGGGAGCUGUCCUUUUCAGCACUGGUCCAACGCAUUCCUGUUGCUGCUAAACGCUUUUUUUUUUUUUUUUUUUUUAAGAAGAAACAAAAAGACACAGACCAACCAAACUCUCGAGUCUGCUUCAUAGAGGAGACCCAUUGUAUGUAAAAAAAAAAAACAACAACAAAAAAAAAAAAGAAAAAAAAAGAAAAAAAGAAACAUAUUAUCCGAGGAUGGUGCAAUGUUAAUAUUUUCUGUAGUAGAGCCCCGUUUGUUUGGUUGUUUUUUGGCCCUUAAAGAGCACUAAAGGCCACACAGUUUGAAACUGAACCACAGGCUACAGACUUCUUCUUCUUCUUCUUCUUCUUGCUUCACCCAUCAGUGGUUAACGGUGCAGGUUGGCACCCUUCAUGUAGCUGAUUUCACACAGCAGGCACAUAUCUUUAUAUUUUUCUCUCCCCCACCCCCUCUAUUUUUAUUUUUUUAUUUAAUCAGAUAUCUACAGAGGCCAGCAGAGAGAGAGAGAGAGAGAGAGAAGACGUGGAGAUUAUAAGUAAAUGUUUAAAACACAGUAGUCAUGUAAUUUGAUGAGGGAAUGAUUAUUUAACAAAAUAUAUAUAUAAGAUAAUCUUUAAUUAAUCGAGCAAAAUGUCUUUUUUUUCUUUUCUUUGGUGUUCGGUCCCUCUUAUGAGUUGAUCUUUCUCCAUCUACUUUGCAUGAACUCUCACUCCGGUGCCAACACAGGUGCCACACUACUCUUAACCCUGGCACGCUUGUUUUUAAAACAAACAAACGAAAUUGAAAAAAAAAAAAAGAAGUCAUAUUUGUAUUUUUAUAUCUACAUAUUUGUUAUUUAAAAAUGAUAUGCUAGUCUAUCGUCUUACAGUUCAUCAACAGAGAUAUUUCUACUACUUCAGAGCGGAUAUUGGGAAUGAGACGAGGCUUCACGCAGGCAGAGGCGGAUCUAAGAGAUUUUUUCGGUCUGGACUGGUCUCGUUCUAUAUCAGACGUCGGACGUUUUUUAAAGACUAACUGAAUGUGUCUGGGGUUUUUUGCACACAUCAAUGUUAAACUAUUAUUAAGAAAAAUCGUAUACUGUGACUUGAGCUUCGUUGAUGAAAUUUGUUAGAAAAAUGGCAGUUUUAGAGUAUAUUGCACUGUUUACGAGUAUCCUCAAAUAACACGUUGUUAUUUGACCGACUUUGGACAUUACAGUUUUUUUUUUGUUUGUUUUUUGUUUUUGUUUUGUUUGUUUGUUUGUUUUUUAAUUCUGUUCAUUUUGUACCAUUAUUUUAAAGAAAACUGGAUAUGGUUUGUUGUGCAUGAAACCUUAAUAUUUUCAAUAAUGAAACAUCGUUUUAUGAAGCAAAAAAGCAACAAAAAUGUCAUGACAUUCUAAGAAUGAGUCAUUGUAUAUUAUGAUGCCAUUUUCACUGUAUUUGGUGAAUUAAUAAAUGGUGAUAGAAAACGUUAA